GACACAAUCAUUUGAACUGCUGCCAAGAUGCAAAACAUUUUCGUGCUGCUCAGUUUUUUAAUCUGCCUUGGAGUUUAUGGUACAUUUUCUGCGGCCAAUGUUUCGGUCUUUAUGGAGGACUAUGUAAGACAAAACCAGAGGCAAUACGAAGCGAAGCUCAGUCAGCUUGAGCAUGAUUUGGCCACAUUCCGAGAUGUCUAUGCCCGGGAACUGGGAGUCAUUCCUGUUCAGGCUGAUCAGCUUGUCAUAAAGCUGGAAGAGGCCAAAGCUCGUCUAAAUCCCAUUGAGCUGAUCGACUUGUGGCAUAAGCAAUGUGUCCAAAAUUAUAGCGCAUCUAUUCCAUUGGCUGUCACAGUGCGAAGCGCUCUAACCACUUGCUCGAAUACGGCCCAAAGCAAUCUGAACAGCAUUCUAACGAAUACGCAGAACACCUACAACAGCCUGAAAAGCUAUUACGCAAGCAAUUUAAAAAACUCGUUAGUCGACUGUGAGAAACGAAACUCCCUUUCGCAACUGAACUACACAAUCUGCAUUACGACUGCUAUGGCCACUACCAACGCCUUCACGGUGAAGACCCUGAAAGCCUUCAACACCUACAUGCAAGCAGCAAAGUGCGCCGCCGAUGGGCGCAUUACACAGGCCUGGGAUUGUGCCUUUGCCGCUGUAUUUAGCACCAGCUCAAUAUUGGGAGAGUCCAUGCGUCUGAUCGACGAUUGCAUUGCCAAUAAGAUGGCCUGCGCUUCCGUAGCCUGCAAUACGGGUUGUAAUAAUCAUAUGAUAAUCGCUUUACGAGAGAGUGAUUUCCAGAACACAACUAUUGUGAAUCCCUUCUUUGGACUGGACAGUAAGAUUGGUUGCUUGGAGGUCAAGUUUAAGUACUAAAAGUAAACUAAAUACUAUUAUAAACAUUAAUAAAUCGAAUUAUACACAUUUAUAAACAUUAAUAAAUCGAAUUAUGCAAUUGAAA